UUCCCAGUAAUUCGGUCCCCGUUUAGCUCGUGAAUAAAUAAAUAAAAUUUAUUGUUUUUUCGAUUAAAUAAAUUAUAACUCGUGUCUUUAAAUAUUCUUUACCACCCAUAGAUCAUUUCGUGAUAAUAAUUUAAUCGGUAAUCAAAAUAUAAAUAGUAAAAAAAAUAAUUUAAUUAAUUCCCUGUAUCUUCUCCAUUGUCUAGCUACCGGUGUUCGUUGUCGUUCGUUAUAUAAAUUUAUAAUUCGUGUAAAUGACUUUUAUUAAUUAUUAUUUGUAAAAAACAGUGUUUAAAAAUUAUCAGUGGUCAUUAGUGUAUAGUUGUCAGUUUUUUUUAUCAAGUGACGAGUAUAAAAAUAUAUUUUUUUUUUUUCAUAUUUUUUUAUGCCGCCAUUUUGAAAAAAAAUUUAUUCAAAUUAUUUUUUAAAAUUCUAAAUCGUGUUCCAUAAGUGAGUAGUGUUUAGUAUCAGUGAGUAGUGUUUAGUAUCAGUGUGAGUUAGUAUCAGUGUUGUGUUUGUGUGAACAAUUGAACUCAAGUUUUGAUCGAUUCACCGCGAAGCCGAGGAAUCUCUGGACGGUAUCUCGAACGCACUUUCAAUCUACAAACAUUGCUUCACCGAGGUUGUAGUGGGAAUUGGAGUGGCAUUUUCAUUUGUCUAACAUCAGUGCACAUCCAAUCCAGAUAAAAGUGCCAGGCCUCAGAUGUGUCGUAGAAUGCAACCAUCUGUUCACGCACAUGCGCGUGAGAGGCUGUCGGACCACCAGAAUGCGAGGGGUGUGGAAGUUGCUACGCAUAAUCAUCUACACGAUGGUUGGCAUAAACAUAGUCAGUGGUAACGGUGACAUCUGGCCACUAGAACGUCCAGAAGGUAUGCCAUCAAUCCAAUCCUUGGAGGUUAUGUGCGGUAAAGAUCAUAUGGACGUUCAUUUGUCAUUUUCCCAACCAUUUGAUGGUAUUGUAUCAUCAAAAGGACAACACGCUGAUCCAAGAUGUGUCUACGUGCCGCCAUCUACUAGCCAAACUUUUUUUUCAUUUCGAAUAGCUUAUGCUAGAUGUGGCACUAAACCCGAUAUGCAUGGACAGUUUUAUGAGAAUACUGUUGUUGUACAGUACGAUAAAGAUUUACUUGAAGUAUGGGAUGAAGCUAAAAGAUUACGAUGUGAAUGGUUUAAUGACUACGAAAAAACAGCAUCAAAGCCGCCAAUGGUCAUUGCAGAUUUGGACGUUAUUCAAUUAGACUUUAGAGGAGACAAUGUUGACUGUUGGAUGGAGAUACAGCAUGGAAAAGGACCAUGGGCACCUCCGGUAUCGGGAAUUGUACCCUUGGGCUCUACAUUGACAUUAGUCGUUGCGAUUAAUGAUUAUAGAGGUGAAUUUGAUAUGAGAGUAAAAUCAUGCGUUGCAUCUGACGGCGGUGGGCACACAAUACAAUUGAGCGAUGAACUCGGUUGUGUAUUGAGGCCAAAGAUGAUUAGCAGAUUUCUGAAAGCCCGCGGUGCUGAUGACCGGGCUACGGUUAUUACAUAUGCAUUUUUCCACGCAUUUAAAUUCCCGGAUGCACUCAGCGUUCAUAUUAAAUGCAAGGUUGAAAUAUGCAGACAUGGUUGCUUGGACCAUUGUCAAUUGAGUGGCGCAGGUGGUCAUUACAUUCAAGACCGCAAAGACCACCCGGUUCGGACACUAUAUCCUCAGACCACUCAAACCACAAUGACCCAUGAAGACGACACUUCAUUGUACGACGAUAUUAUACAAAAUGGCGACGAAAUGGCGUCAAUUGGUGGACAAUUUAUUGGUGUUGAAAAGUCGGCACCCAAAGCACAAGCUCAAACUAGUAAUCGUAAUACUCCGCAAGUCACUGAUGAACAAGAUAAUAAUAAUAAUAAUAAUAAUAAUAAUAAUAUUAGCAAUAAUAAUAAUAAUAAUAAUAAUAAUAAUAAUAAUAUUAACAACAAUAAUAAUAAUGAUGAUAACAGUCAAGACAAUCGUGAUGGAUCAGAUUUAGCACAAUUAUUUAUGCAGGAUCCGCCACGUGUGACUCGAUACGAAGGAGAAGAUCAAUUUCCUCAUGGGCCGCGUAAUCUUGAAGAGGACGAAAAAGUCAGUCAAAUUCUAACAAAUGGCAGCACACGACGAAAACGUUCUGUCAAAGUAUUGGAUCGUAAAGCACGAUCGGCAGAUGUAGGUGUCAGUGGCAUUUACGAAGUUAUUUCCGAGGCUGAUUUAGCAUUCAGUCCUGACACUCAUGCCGAGGCGGUAACAGUAUUCCAAGGACGUAUACGUGAAGAAGUUGUCUAUGGUAUUUGUUUACCAAUGCCUGGUUUUAGCGCACUAUUUAUUAUUGUCGCAUUGUCAGCAGUAAUAUCGGCACUUGUUGCGGGUGCGAUGUUACAUAGACUACAAGUACAACGUGAAGUUGCCGCUGGUAAUCAAAAAAAUCGGGUAGCUGUUGCUGUUAAUGCUAAUGGAUGGUUACCGUACGGAUUAUUACGUGUCAGGUGCAAUGAUCGACUAACAUCACAGGGGGAAGACAGAAUUCAAAAACAACAAGACGAAACGGGUAAUCCUAUUGAACAGGGUUAAAACUAGCUCCCUAUCAACUUUUUUUAAUAUUUUUUUUAGCACUUUAGAUACUGUCUUAAAAUAUUUAAAAAAUUUUAAUUAAUUUCAAUCAAAAAUAAUAAUCAAAAUAUUUUUAAAUGUAAAAAAAUAUAUUUUUUUUUAAAUUUAUAUUGAAAAUUGUUGGAAAAUCAAAAUCGAUAUUUUAUUGCUAGUGAUGUAGGAAAGAUUGGGAAAAAAUGGGAGAUCACUUUUUAAUAAAAAAAAUUUUUUUUGUAAAUGUUUAUCUAGUCUCUAGAAAAAAAAAGACGAGACUCUAAUAGUAUGUCUGUUUAGAAAUUUUGAAAAAAUUUUAACCAUGUCAAAAUCCAUGAAUUUCCCAUAGAGAAAUCUAUGUUUACAAGUUCCUACAUGAAAAUCCAGACACUUAUGGUUUCUUAUAUAAAUCUAUACACUCCUACACUAAUUCCUAUGGAUUCUUACAGAAAUCCAUACUUUCCUAUACAGAUUCCUAUGGGUUCCCAUGCAAUCCCACAUGGAUUUUUUUGAUAGGGUAAGUAACUUUGACAUCAUUCCUUUAAUUGAAAAAAAAGUAUAAGUUUAGUAUGAUCAAGUGCCGUCUUAAAUUACGUCACUUAAUUACGUCUCAAAUUAAGAAAAUGAUAAUAGCCAGUUAUAUAUUUUAUGUACUGUGUUGCACAGCAUUGGUUACUGCUUAAAAAGUAAUAGUACGUCUUAAGCAAUGACUUACUCCUGUUCUAAUACCAAUCUAUCAUAUUAAAAUGUAUUUUUUCUAUACUUUUCGUCGAUUACUGCGCAGAACAGUAACCAGUACUAUUUAUUUCUUUUCGUGUACUACUCGAACCGAUUCGCCCCAUAAUUUUUCUACAGACUAUAAUAUAAACAUUUACAAAAACAAAUUUUCUUCCUAACCCUUCAGCACUCGCAUUAGAGUAACGUAAAAUAUUACCAGCGUGAUGAAAAAAAAGUUUCACGCUCCUGCGCAUCGUAAAUUUAAGGUUAAAUAAAAAAAUAAUAUUAUGCACUUACUCAGUAAUGACGUAACUACAAUUUAUUUGAACAUUUCGCUUGUUUUUUAUCCCUAAAUUUUGUAAAUAAUGACAGAUAUAACGGCUAAAAAAAAUGGCGGCGAAUGCCGAGAAAAAAUUCGAAGAUACCCGAACUUAGCCGAACCGUAUUAUCUUUUACGCCUUACUUUACUCGCAUGUUGAAAAAAAGUCUCAUGGUUUUUGAAAAUAAAUAUUUUUUAAGUAUUUUUUAAGCUUGAAAUGAUUUUUAAAUUUCGAAAACAUAAAAAGCAUAAAAUUAUAUGAAAUAGAAAAAAUUUCACUAGGCCAUUUGAAAUUACUUGGAAAAAAAUAUUUUAAGUCAAGGGGGAAAAAAACUCAUAACACGGGUGCUGAAGGGUUAACCCAGUCUUCUCUAUAUAUGUAAUCACUCUAUAGUUAGUUGAAUAUAAUAAAUAUGUAUUUAAUUAAUGACUUAAAAAAUUAAUUUUAAUGUUAUUAACUACUUAGUUAGGAGGCAAUAAAUGCUACGAAAAAGCACACUAUUGACUUGAAAAAAACUCAAAUUUUCAAAGAGAAUUUGAGUUUAGGUUAGAAAGAAUAUAGCUCUCUAAUUCAGCCGUAAAAGACAAUGUGCAAUAUAAUGCUGUACAAAGUACCGUAAAAUACGUCCUAAAGGAUGCACGUUCCUGACAAUUAUAUCAAAUAAACUUGAUACGCAAUUUAUAAGUAUAUAAUUAAUAUACUAUAUAAAUACAAUUAUAUUAUAAGUAUAUGAAAAUUAUAUUUUAGUAAAAUAAUCAAUUAUUAAGUUUACUUUUUCUUUAAGACCAUAUAUUAUUUUAUUUUUUUUUAAUGCAUGAAAUGAAUUUUUCGUUAAAAAUUACAGUGGUGCACCUAAAAAUUAAAGAUUUGGAAAAGAAAUUAGAUAUGACGAUAUAUGAAAACAUAUAAGUGAUCAGAUAAAAAAAAUUCUAUAUGAUUAUCUAUAGCGCUAUAUAAUUAUAUAUGGAUUUAUAUUUUAAUAAUCAUGUAUGAUCAUAUAUUAACAAAAACAAUGUUACUGGUUGAGUAUAAUUGACAGUCAUAUAUGAUCAUAUCUGAUAUUAUGUAUAGUCAUAGAUAAACAUUUCUAAUCAUGUUUAGUCAUAUAUGUUCAGAUAUGUUCAUAUACAAUCAUAUGUGGUACCAUAUGAUCAUACUUUGUCAUAUAUGGUCGUGGAGGUUCGUAUAUGAUCUUAUCUGAUAUCAUAUAUAAUUAUAUAUAAAAAUAUGUAAUAUUACGUAUUGCCAGAGAUCAGUAUAUGUAGUCAUGUUUGGUCAUAUAUGAUCAUGUGUGAUCACAUAUGAUCAUAUGUGGUCGUGGAUGUUCAUAUAUGAUUAUAUCUGGUGUCAUAUAUAAUUAUAUAUAAUAUUGUAUUUUACCAGAGAUGAGCAUAUAAAGUCAUGUUAGGUCAUAUAUGUUCAGAUAUGGUCAUAUAUGAUUAUGUGUGGUCACAUAUGAUCAUAUUUGAUAUCUAUAUAAUUAUAUAUAAUCAUAUCUAAUAUUAUAUAUUAUUGUAGAUAAUCAUAUGUAAACAUGGUUGGUCUUUUGUUAUUAUGAAUAAUCAUAUAAGUCAUAUUUAGUCAUAUAUAACUAUAUAUCAUCAUAGAUAAUCAUAAAUAAUUAUAUGAAGCAAAUACUUUUCUCGAAAAAAAAAACAUUAUUAAUAAACUAAAUUGGCGCUUAUAAUUUAAUAAAUUUAAAAAAAAUUUAAAUUGCAAAUUUUAACUAAAAAUUCUCUUCAUGUCAAAUAGAAAAACGUAUUUUAUUGAUAGAAUCACA